CUUUGACGUGGUGUUGAAUCGAGCGUUUCGGUCCUUUGCGCGUUGAGGCCCUAGCUCCCAAUUGCCCCAUCCCCUCCCCCUCCUUCAACCUCCACCACCCCACCACCCCCUCCAGACAGCACAAUGUCGCGCUUCAUGAAGAAGGUGCGCGACGCCAUGUCGUUCGGCACGGACGCCAAGCCGCCGUCGCGCUACGAAGCAGACAUUCCACACAACCUGACCAAGGACAGCUUCCAGUUUGCCAAGACGAUUCGACAUGGACUGCCUGGGAUGGUGACCGUGUCUGCAUACGACCCGGUGCAGCGGUUGCUGGCGCUCGGCACGUCGUCCGGUUCCGUCAAGAUUUACGGCGCGCCGGGUGUCGAGUGCACGUUCAAUCAUCUGGCGGAAGGCGAUACGUCCGCCAUCGUCGGCCUGGUCUUCCUCGUCAACCGAGGCCGCUUGAUCACGGCGACAAAGGCAAACCGCGUGUACCUGUGGGAUUUCACCGCUGGCGACGGGCGGCGGCCAGUGAACGUCAGCAUGCUCGCCUUCAAGGAGGAAGCCAUCAGCUUUUUGCACCUGGCCACUGCGUCCACCUGGCUGUUCGUGGGCACAGAGAAGGGCAACAUCCACAUGGUCAACGCAGAGACGCUGUCACUGUCAGCCUUUGUCAUUUACUGGAACCACUUGAUUCCAGUCAGCGUCAAGCAGCCGCCAGGGCGCAUUACCGGCAUCCAGGAGCACCCUUACGACAACACCAAGCUGCUCGUCACGAACGAGCCGGGAAACAUUGCAAUCUUUGAUCUCAAAGCGCGCAAGCUCCACAAGCGGUACGGUCCACACACGCUCGGGCAUGUGCUGUGCUCGACGUGGCACUCGGACGGGAAGCAGUUUGCGUGCGGACAUGCAAGCGGUGCGGUUUCCGUGUGGGGACUGAAGCACGACGCCAAGCCCGAUGCUGUCCUCAACCAAGGAUCUGGCGAGGCGGACUCGGACGAGCGGUUGCCCAUCACUGCGUUGCGCUUCUUCUCCAUGCAAAGUGACAGUGCCAUGAUGGUCUUUGCAGGCGGCGGCUCCGUCCUUGACAAUCUUCACACAGUGAGCAUCAUCAUGGGUCGAACGGAAAAGACGCUGUGCUUUGACCACGAAAUUCUGGAUUUGCAAAUCACCCCCGUCACUCCUUGGGCGAUGGACUGCCAACAGCCCCCGCUCGUUCUCGCGAUUCAAGCGCACUCUAUCGAAGCUAUCGAUCUUCAGGCACAAGGAUUUCCUCAAGUAAUGGUACCCUACUCCCUGGAUCUGCAAAGUUCGCCGUUGGCUUGCGUUGCCUUCUAUCCCGAUGUCCCGGCCGACCUCGUUACCGUGCUGCGAUGGGCCGGAAGGCGUCAGCAAACCCAAUUCUCAAAGCGUGCAACGAACUGGCCUGUGAGCGGUGGCCUUCCCAACGAAACAUCCAAUCCCGUCCUGGACAUUGUGCUGACGGGUGAUGUGAAUGGACAUGUGUUCUUCUGGGACGCCUCCACCUCGGCUCUGUCUCUCCUGUACGUGCUGGACAUGUCGCAGUACGCACACCUGACCGAAGAAUCCGAUGGACCCAAGCCCAUCAAGAAUGUCGUUUUUUGCCCGUUGAGUCGGCUUUUGGCCGUCACCCUGAAUGGCGGCGACGUCUUUGUUUUUGUGUUUGGCACCUCAUCGCGGACUGUGGUUGUUCCUACAAUUGUUGCGCAGCGCCGUGCGGCUCGGUUGGUGGACAUGCGGCGGCCAUCGGCUGUGUUGGAUGCUACACGAGUCCCUGGCGGCGUGCCAACAGAGGGCAGCAGCAGCAGCCCUCCUCCCCAAGCUGCCUCGGAUGAUGCUUGGCAGCCAACACCAACCCCUGAAACCACCCCUGCCAAAGCUGCAGCAGCAGCUGCUGCAGCUGCCUCGACACCAGCACCUCCGGGAGCUGCCGCCAAUAGUGCAGGGGCUGCCCCCGACCAGAUGCAUCGUUCCCCGUCGGUCUCCAGUACAGAUUCAAAAGGCUUGUCCAAACUCAUGGGCAAACUCACUCUCACGAAAAAGUCGGGCAAGCAGGUCGCGAGCAACGAAACUGGUUCGCCGCUCCCUCAAGGCGAUGCAGCACCAAGCACUCCUGGAGCCGCGUCGGCACCUGCAUCGUCGGCUUCGGCACCCGCAAGCGCAAAUGGCGCAUCGCCCAAGAUUCCGGCGCAGUUGCUCUCGCUUGGGUUUUCCGAGGCGUGGUGCCACGAGGCCAUGAGCAAGACCAAGAGCUUGAACGAGGCGGCCGCUUGGCUAUUCGAGAAUGCUCGAACGCUCGACGAAGAGCAAUCGGCACCUGCAGCCGAUUCAGUCUCGGUGACUGCUCGAUCAACUUCGAGCAAGAGCAGCUCUGCGAGCAAGCCCCAUUCCGCUGCCGGCACAUCGGCUUCGCAAAGCUCAAGAGCUGACGGCCCCCAGACUCCCGGGACUCCUGGCGCACACACGCAUUCGGAGGUCUCGUCGCUCUCCUCCGGUGCUACCGGCCAUGAGCGCAGCGCGGCAGGCCAUGCCACAUUCAAUGCCGAGCCUGGAUUCCAGCCCCAUUUCCACUUCAAGGCCGCAAACCAGGAUCGCGGUGCCCAACUGCGAAAUAUCAAUGUGGUCGCUGUCAGCGCCUUCUGGGGCAUGGUUGUUGUCGGAGACGAUCUUGGACUUUCGGCGAUCGACGUUGCCAACCGUGUCCUGGUGACGGACAUUUCUGCCGUCGACUUUCCUACCGGUUCGUCUUCCACUGGCACCGUUGGUCCUCAAGCCGGAAGCGCAGCCACGACUGCCGAGCGCCGCCUUGGCGUGACGUCGCUCCAGUUUGCAGAUUUGUAUCUCAAUCCUCGCGAUGGUUUGCUAUGCCCGACGGUUUUGGUCGGAACGCAGGCAGGCAGCGUACACAUCUUGACUGUGUCGUCCAUCCCGUCCUUGUCGUUAGCACUAGCAACCUCGCUGCACUUUAGCACCCCUUCCAAAGUGUUGAGCACGCACGUUCUGGACCGCUACGGGCAGGAAAUCGUUGCUCCGGCCGUCGAGUACGAAGAGCCGACCGACCAACUUCCAGCGUCGGCUCCGCUGUCUGCAUCCACCUCUACGGAAAUGCUCAACAACACCCCAGCCGGUGAUGGCACUGUCUCCAAGGGUCGCGGCAACCUGGGGCUUGCGCUGGCGCCUGCCGCCGUGGUGGGUUCGUCCUCCAGCUCCGCUCCAGACGAGGCUGCCGCCACCAGCACGGAAAAUCACUUUGUCGUGAUUGUGAGCACGCAGCAAAUCCGUGCCAUGGUCAUGCCCGAGCAGAAGCGUCUGCACAAGUUCCACCUGCCAGCGAACGACUCGUUUAUGGCCAGCCGCGUCGCGUCCGUUGGAGCCGAGUCCUGCCUCCUCGCAACGACGCGUUCAGGCGCUUGCCGGGUCUUUGGUCUGCUCGAUCUGCGCCCACUGCUUGAAGUCAAAGGGCCCGAGCUCGGCGUCUUCGGGCUGGACGUGUGCACGCUUUCGCCCGAUUGCAGGGCCAUGUUUGUGACCGAGCAAAACGAACUGCAAAGAAUCACCUUUACGUUUAACGACGCGCUGUGCCACGAGCUGUCGGGCGGCUUGUUCAAUCCCUCUACUCCAAUGCCCUCUCGCCCAACAGCCAGCAUGCUCAAGAGCAUCUUUUCCGGCACCUCUGUUGUGGAUCGUGAUGAACUUUUUGGCGGUGGCGGCCAAUCGUUUGCUGGCGAGCAAAUGGAGACCUCUGAUCAGAAGCGAAUCCGUGCGGAGCGUGCUGCUCGCAACGUUGGCAACGCGGGGCUGCAAGCAACGACUGGAGACAGCGAAACCGUCAAAGGAGCACUCGCAAAUGCGGGCAUGGCCCUCAACGAGCGUGGCGAGAAGCUCAACCGUGUUGUCGAACGCAGCGAGAACAUGGCCAAGUCCGCUGCUGAUUUCGCGAGUCGCGUUCGCGAGUACAAUGCCAAGGAGGCCGCCAAAAAGUGGUACGAGCUGUAAACAAACAAAACGGCAACCUGCACGGCUCGCUACCCAUCUCCCGCUUUUCAUUCCGAGUACCGAGCAAGGUUGAUGUAGCUUUUUGUAUUUCUUGUACCAGUUCUUGCUUUCUUUUUAGACAAAAUCAUCAUUCAGAACGUUGUAAAACAAAAACGAAGACAAAUACUGUUGUAGAAUGCCUGUUCAGCC